AUGACCGUUCCUGAGGGAGGCCAGGCGUACGCAGAAUCCUUCAAGUCCGGCCGUCUGUACGCCUCCACCCAACCUGACGAGGAUUGUAACUCUGCUGGGGGCCCCGGCAGAGCACGCCUGGAGGGAUACACAUCGCCAGAAACUGGCACACCUUUUUCGUCUGGCGACAAACGUUUCCACAUGGAAUGGUGUGAAAUUUAUACGGACAGUCACGCCUCUGCUCUGGUCGUUGGUCAGGUGCGAUCAGAACAGAUCAAUGUACCAAAAACCUUCAUACCUUUAGUCAUGCGUUCAUACAGUUCAACCGCCAACCUUUGCCCCUCCAACAUCACCGACUUGGAAAUGUCCACUGCUCCCCGAGACAGCUCCAUCAUGGCCUCCAUCACGCCCGUGCCUGUAGGGCAAUCGGCAACAGACACGUUCUACUCGUUGGAUUCGACCGACUGCCUCAAGAUGGCCGCCACGCCGAUGUGGCAUGAGUCUAUGUUCAGGCUGGCGGAGAGGUGUGUCCUACUUUAG